UGUCUAUACUAGCAGCCAUGUCCCAUCCCCACCAUCCAUUUCCCCAUAUCCAAACGGCACGUGCUUCCCUUCCUUCCCCAUCGACCUCAGGUCGUCGCCGUCGCCGCCGCCACGACGACGAUGCCGCGCAAGGCCUCUUCGACCUCAGAUUCGCGCAAGCGGAAGCGUAACCUCAACGCGUCCCCCUCCCCUUCCAAGCCCUCCACCUUCGCCUCCGCGGCCGACCACUCCGACGAGUCCGACUACGCCGCCACGAACGAGGACGAUGACAACGCCGUCCCCGCUGCCGCCGCGGACGGAGCCAACGGCGGCGAAGUCCCAUCAGAGGCCGCGGCGUCCGACGACCCCGUGCUCGACCUCCGCGAGGCCGAGGUGCUGCCCUCGGCCGAGGCCAUCUCCGCCUUCCCCGCCGCUAAACGCCGCGUGGUCAACCGGCCCCACCCGUCCGCCCUCGCCCUGCUCGCGGCCGAGCGAUAUUCGUAUUGCGGCAACAUCUCCGCCGUGGCACCCCCGGUGCUAGAGAACAUCUCGCAUGGGCAGCUGCAGGUGCUCUCUGGGGUGCUUCCAGACCACCCCGCCCUUUCCACAGACCCCGACAGGCCGUCCUUGUAUGUGUGCACGCCGCCUCCCCUAAUGGAGGGGCAUGUCGUGCCCAAGCAGUUCCAGGGCCGCCUCCAUGUCGUCCCCAAGCACUCAGAUUGGUUCUCCCCGGGGACAGUGCAUAGGCUAGAAAGGCAGGUCGUGCCGCACUUCUUUACAGGGAAGUCUCCAGGGCACACUCCGGAGAAGUAUGUCCUGUUAAGGAAUAAAGUUAUCGUGAAAUACUUAGAGAACCCAGGCAAGAGGCUUGCUUUUGCUGAGUGCCAGGGGCUUGUUGGGAGUACAGGUGAACUGUAUGAUCUGAGUAGGAUUGUUAGGUUCUUGGACACUUGGGGGAUCAUCAAUUACCUUGCGACUGGAUCAGUGCACCGUGGCCUGAGGAUGGCAACGUCGCUUCUAAGGGAGGAACCAACAGGAGAAUUACAAUUGCUUACGGCGCCAUUGAAAUCUAUUGAUGGCCUAAUUUUGUUUGACCGGCCGAAAUGUAGCCUCCAAGCAGAGGACUUUUCUUCGUUGGCAUCAUCUUCAUCGAAUUCAGAGGUGGCGGAUUUCGAUGCUGCGUUCGCAGACUUGAAUGGAAAGAUUAGGGAGCGUUUGUCAGAGAGCUCUUGCAGUUAUUGCUUGCAGCCUUUGCCAAGUUUGCAUUACCAAUCGCAAAAGGAGGCAGAUAUUGCUCUGUGCUCUGAUUGCUUCCAUGAUGCGAGAUAUAUUACUGGGCAUUCUAGCUUAGAUUUCCAGAGAGUGGAUGGGAAUAAAGAUGGAUCACAAAAUGAUAGUGAUAAAUGGACUGAUGAAGAAACAUUAUUGCUGUUGGAGGGCAUUGAGAAGUACAGUGACAACUGGGAUGACAUUGCAGGGCAUGUUGUAACAAAAUCAAAGGCACAAUGUAUUUACCAUUUUAUUCGGCUUCCAGUGGAGGAUGGUUUAUUAGAAAACGUUGAGGUACAUAAUGCACCUGUGCUGUUUAGGGCACAAAGCAAUGGUUAUCCACAUUCAGAUUCCAACGGCAGCACUUCAGGAAAUCCACUCCAAAGUAUUCAACAUGGAAACCAGCUUCCGUUCAUUAAUUCUUCUAAUCCGGUCAUGUCGCUGGUUGCGUUUUUGGCCUCUGCAAUAGGACCAAGAGUUGCAGCAUCAUGUGCACAUGCAGCAUUAUCUUUUUUGACAAGAGAUGAUGAUUCCAGGGUGAGUUCAGAAGGCAUGCAUGCUGAUGGUAGAGCCAAUGGUGCAAAUCUAAACUUUCUCAGCCAUAAUGGUGCCAUAUCAUCCAUUUCUCCAGAAAAUGUGAAACAUGCCGCCAUGUGUGGUUUGUCAGCAGCAGCAAUGAAGUCUAAACUCUUUGCGGAUCAAGAGGAACGCGAAGUCCAAAGACUAGUGGCUACUAUAAUAAAUCAUCAGUUAAAGAGGUUGGAGUUGAAGCUGAAGCAGUUUGCGGAAGUUGAGACCUUGCUUUUGAAGGAAUGUGAGCAAGUGGAGAGGGUGAGACAGAGGAUUGCAGCGGACCGCGUCCGAAUGAGAGCAGCACUGUUAGGUUCCACUGGAAGUGGUCUGCCUGGAAGCAGCAGCGCCAUGCCAUCUAAUCCAGUCAGCAUGAACCCCAGGCCGGUGGCUGUGCCAGGCUCCAUGCCUCAGGCCGGCAUGCCAGCCUCGUACACCAAUAACAUGCAGGGGCAUGUGCAUCCCCAGAUGCCGUUCUUGCAUCAGCGGCAGCAGAUGCUCUCGUUUGGCCCUCGCCUGCCACUCGCACCCAACCAGACUCAACCGUCCGCACAGGCAUCAAACAUCAUGUUCAACUCUGGCAUGCCAAAUUCGGUUGCUGCUAACCACCAUCAGUUACUGAGAUCGUCAUCUGGAAACAAUUCAAGUGUAGGAUAGAGGAGACAGGAAAUUCUUGUCAGUUGUAGCUUUAUAUUAUUUAUAAACACAUCAUUGUAAUUCAUCUAUACGAUGUCUUGUGCUGGUCGAAUAGGUAUUUAUUUUAUCAGGUUCGCAUUUUAUCUCUA